AUGGCGUACAACCGGCCCUACGACCCAGACGCUCUCCCCAGGUAUGUCUCAGCCUUGGAAGCUCCAAACGUCAUGGACUGCCCCGCCGCUCAGCGUCCGGCAGCGCAGCAUCACCCUGCUGCUACCUCUCGACCGCCGCCUUCGCCAUCCAACGACGCGAAUGGUGCAGACCCAACGCUGCUGCCACUGUUUAGGGCUGUGGAUAAGGAUGGAACCGGUCACCUAUCCGAAAAGGAGCUCUCAGCGGCCCUUGUCAACGGCGAUUGGACCGCCUUCGACAUCCAGACGGUCCGCAUGAUGAUUCGCAUGUUCGACUCGGACCGCAGCGGCACAAUUGGCUUCCAGGAAUUCUGUGGCCUCUGGUCCUUCCUCGCCUCGUGGCGCACGCUCUUCGACCGCUUCGACGUCGACCGCAGCGGCAACAUCUCUCUACCUGAAUUCACCGAUGCUCUCAUUGCAUUCCGUUACCGACUCAGCCCGCAGUUUGUCGAGCUGCUGUUCCGUACGUACGAUAAGCGCGGCGAGGGCGUCAUGAGCUUUGAUCUGUUUGUUCAGGCGUGCAUCUCGCUGAAGCGUAUGACGGACGUGUUUAAGAGAUACGAUGAUGACAGGGAUGGCUACAUUACUUUGAGCUUUGAGGAUUUCCUGAGCGAGAUUUUGAAGCAGAUGAAAUGA